GCAAUACUUUUAGCAGGUUGAAAUUACUGGAGGACUGUGACUUCUGUACAUUUUGAAUUAAUAUAAUUUUCUUUUAAGUAAGCUUUUGUUUUCAGCAUGUUUUGAAAUAACAAGAGUUUGCUAGAACUAGAGGUCUGUGGUGGACAUUUUUUAUAGUAGUGAUAUCCUGAUGUCACCUUACCUCCAUUUGGCCGUUCUAUUUAAGUUUUGCAACUGCUCCAGCUCUACCUCUAUGGGUCUUUCGCCUCUUCCCGUGCAGUUCCUGCUCCUUCCCCUGGCUGUGUUUCCUCCAGGACUCUAGUAUUCUCCCCCCUGUCUUUUUGUGUGCUACUCUGAAAUCUCUUUUCAUCCUGACAUCCUCCAAAGUUAGUGAGGGCUAGUUGUCUGUAAACAUCUUAUGUUCUUUGCAUGGUAGUCUAUUUAAUGUUUUAAUAAAAUAGUGCUAGGAACUUAAUGAUGAGCUUUGAUAUAAUUUCUGGUCUCUCUAAAGAGCAAGAAAAUAGAAUCAUUAGCCUCUCCAGAUGGGUAGGAGGCUAGAAGUCGGAGGAACCACUAUGCAUGCUGCAUUUCAAUGACCAGCUAUAAUCUUAAUUUUCUGUAUUGUAUUUUAAAUAUAGCAGUGGGAAAUGGCUAGACUGGUCAGUUUGCUGGAUCUGAAGGUUUUAGCUGCAGAAGUAGAGCUUUCUUUGUUCAUCUGCUGUGUGUACUUCCUAGUAAUGCCAUUAUAGCCUGUCACAGAUGUGACAGAGAUCCUCAUUGUUUCCUCUUAAGGCUUCUUUGUUGCCCUCGUUGUUCUCAGUAGGAAAUCUAGUGUACUGGUUAAAACCUUAAUAUGAAUGUUCUUCUGUCAGCAUGAGCAUGAUUUGAUAAAAUGGUUCUGACACCUCUUAAAUCUUGAGCAUUUCCCAUUUAUUUUAAGGAAGUUUUGAGAAAAUUAUUCAGACAAGAAAAAUAUUGAGACUGAUUUGAACAACUGACUAAUGUUUUUACAUAAUGUAAAAUUGCAUUUAAUUGCAUUUAAAUUUAAUGUAAUUAUAUUUUGUUUACACUGGCUUACUUAAAAUAUAACCUACUGACCUAUUUGAUAUCUUAAACACCUAAUUUGAUCUUGGUCUUUUGUCAAAGUUGCGCUACACGAUUUUCCAGUAAAGCCCGCAUGGAGAUGAACCAAAGGUAACUUAAAGUAGCUUCCUUUGUUUCAAAAAGGCAUGGGAUCUGGAAAGUUUUUUACACAAGAAAAUAGUGAAGGGGUGACUUAUACCAAAUGGUAACCUAAUAUUUAAAAUAACAUUAAAGUUAGGUCAUCCACCUGCACUAAUGUGCAUUUUUGUUAUAGAACAAUAAAUAUGCUACUUGUAUUAUACUACCAAAGUUCUCCUCAGUUCAUCGUGCCUGUACUUUGACUGCAUCAUAUGUCCCUUUUGCCAAAAUAAGCAUUUCUGUCACCAGGUACAAAGUGUCUGUCUCGCUCUGACAGUGCUUGAACUAAAGGCUAGCAAAGUGAUGCUGCUUGCAUUUAAGGUCAGUGCCUAUGACUAGGUAAACCAGACUGGCUUCUUAUUUUUCUUACAGAUGUUUUAAUAUGCUUAACAUUAUCCAAUACCAGCAACUGAGAUAGUCUAAAUACCACAGCAGGGACUGAUUAGCUUUUUCAGAUCACUGCCUUUAUUUGCUGUUUGCAAAGAAGCUUAAUCCAGUGCUGGAGACCAGGCUUCCUGCUGUGCACUUGGGUAGCUUUCUCUCAUUCUUUGUGUUCACAGUGGCAGAAAUUAGUGAGAAGACUUCUCCUGCCUCAGAAUUUAAAACUUCAAAAUAGUAAUGAUAGUAGCUGUUCUUGUGGGUGUUUAAUGGACAGUGUAAAGAGAUUGUAUUUGGUUGGAUUUUUGGUUUUCAGUUUUCUAAAUUCAUCUGCUGCUAUCCCCAGACGGGUUAGGUGCAGAAAGCAUGCAGUGUUGGAUUUUGCACUUGAUAAUAUUUGCUUUAUACCGGUAAAUCUGGACAUCUGAUAAACUUUUGUCUUACAGCAUGAUGAUGUGUGGAUUCAUUUAUUUUCCUGAAACAUUUUAAAAUUCAAAUGCGACUUGGAAAAUGCCUGAAAUUAACCAUCCUAAUAAUAAACUAUUUGUAUUCUGGGUGCCCUCUGAACCAACAGCAAAUGGUCUCAAAUAGAUUUCCUUAGCCUGUGAGAAUAGACAAACAGAUACUUCAGCUUGAUUUUCAGUAUUGCUUAUCUGCUCAUUGAAUGGAACUGAAAGUCAUUUAAUAUACUUGUGCCUCAUCCUUGAUUCAUCUGAAUUGAGCUUUCCUGUGUAAAGUUACUAAAAACAAAGGCCAUGAUUUGAAAGUCUGAGUUUUGGUCUGCUUCCUUACCAAACACCAAAACUAGACAUUGGGCUGUUUGUAGGAUCCAAUUAUUUGAGGGAGGGGAGAAGGGGACAAGUGGGUAUUCUGGGGCCCAUGCCCCCUGGGAUGUGGCUUUCUUUUUUUUUUCUUUUUUUUUUUUAAAGUGACCAGUUGCUAGUUAGACCCAUAGAAAAUCUUGGAUUUUAGGAGUUUAAAAAAGUAUAAUUGGGCCACAGUAUCAGUAUUUACAGUGAUUUAUAAUUUAUAUGAAGGAAGAAGACUUUCCAAUCUUCUACUGUUCCAUUGCUUAACAUUGGAUAGCUUUGUACAUAUUUUGGCCUUUUUGACAAUAACUCGAGGCCCCUUGAAGGUCAGUUGGUGGGGGAAAUGUACCCUUUGCCUCCCUGGUAGCAACAUGACAACGGCCAUGUGCUAAAUGUAGUAAAUUGAAGAUCUUUUAUUAAUAGAAAUUUGUUUUGGACAUUUUCUUUUAGCUUAGAAACAUUCUGCCUCCACAAGGAAGAAAUAUUUUAAACAUGCUUACCUAGUGACUUAACUUUCAAAACAUUUAUUUAGAUCAUCUAUACACGCUGCAGGAAACCAGGAGAUUUCUGCUUCAAGUGUAAAUCUGUAGAAUAAGAUUUUCUAAUUACAAAAGCAUGAACAUUGAUGACUGCAACAAGUAAAUUUAUUAUUGCAGUGGUGCUAUCACAGUUCCUCUUUCCUUUAUGUACGUUCUAAUGCCAUUAGUUAGAAAAAUCCCAUAUUUGAUGCUUGAAAUUGAUAUUUUUGCAGUUUAAUAAUUUAUCAAAACAUUUUCAAUUGAAACUGAAAUACUCUAAACAUUGUAUUUGGUUUUAGUUGUGCAUAAACUCAAGUUCAUCAGGCUUAUUGGUACAUAAAUAAAAGUAAAGUUUCAGGAAAUUCAGAGUGCUUUUGAAUGUAUUUAUGUAUAAUAUUGGCUCCUUAACAGACCUCCUGUUGCACUGCAUCGAUAAUGAUUUAUUUUAUUAACAGGAAAAAGAGAAUACACACAAUCACUGCUGUGAUAUUUCUAUAUUUUUAAUUUUCCUAGCAAAAGCUACAAGGUUUUUGUAAUAGACUUGGCUAUAUCCUUUAGCUUUUGUUUUUUAUAGAAACUUACAACUUUUACUACUUAAAAAUAAUUCCUUUCUUUGUUUCAUGUAUUAGAAACAAUGAGGAAAAGCUGAAGUCUGCCCAAGCCAGGUGUUUCUUGUUGGCAGCCUGCUCCCUAAUGACUCUGGCGCUCAUACAGCAGCUGCCUGCUAGUCUCCUUUGUAUGGCCUAUUGUUGCUGCACACCCCUCGUUAAUACACAUGCUGCCUGGGGCAGACCCUGAGAAUGACAUCAACUUGCUUAUCUUAGAAACCUACAAACCUGAUGCAGGGUGGGGAGGUUGCCUUGCAUCUGCCUGGCCAACUAAUUGUGAAUUCUCUGGCCUAUGAUUGGCUGUUGUUCCACUCAGUAAUAGGUUAAGCAAAGACAUUGCCAUUCCAUCUGUUCAACCAUUCAUUGUUCUGCUUGCUUGCCUGGAAGUCUGCAGCUGAAAUCGUGUUAAGGAGUUGCUUCUGGAACUGCUACAAGAAACCAAUGUCUCUGUGUUUUCCAGCUAACAUAUUAGGUUGAAGAACACAUACAAUGUACACUCCAUGAACCAGUGUUCCAAGGAUCCUCUAAAGAAAAAACACUACAAAGACCUUCAUAUACCAGUUGGGAGGGAAAGAGGGCACAUAAAAGGGUUAAAAAGAGGUUUGCAUUUCUACCACAUGCCCUAUUGUGUGAACAUAUGCAUAAGUCUAUUGAAAGUUUUCAGAAGAUGGGCAGGCCACCAGUUGCUGGUCUCCUGCAGUUCCAGUAGACAUCUGUUGCCCCAGAGCAUUAACCAAUCUGUUCAAUGGGACAUCCUUCCUUUGUUAGACAGAGUGAUGCAGACAACAGUACUCCUUGAAAUACAAUGGUAAUUAAACAUACAGAAACUACUGCAGGAGGUAUUUAUUACAUAUUCAUUAUUUUAUUUUCAUUGUUGCAAUAUCUUUGCCAUUUGGGAAGCUAGGACAUUUGUUUCUAUAUUGGUAUUCUGAAAUUCUGUAUGACAAACAGUUGUGUUUUUUUUAACAAGCUGUGGUCUAAAUAUUUACUACUUGCUGUUUAGAAGAUCUAGGAAUAUUUUAAGUAUUGUGUAAAAAACCAAACUUUUUCGCUGUUGUAGAAUUUGUCUUUAAAAACUUGGAAGCUCUUUUAAGAACACAUGCCAUUGCUAUUAUAAAAUUUUAUGUCAUAACACACUGUUUCACUUAUUGCUUUUUGUGCCAUGUAAAGUUUGCAUUAAACUAUUUUGAAUUUCAGCUGUAAUUGGACAACUUUCAUAAUAUUAAAAGUUUAGAUCUAUUUGCACCUGACCUCUUGAACAGUAGAAAUGUCUAGUUCAAAAUUAAUGUUGGUAGUUAGCGGGAAAUGGUUUUGCUACUGAAUUUGAAGAACAGUAGAUGGAAAAAGGUUGCAAUUCUGUAACAUAAUGGCGUUGUAUUCCUCCACAGUGUUAAAUGUAAACCCCUGACUUAACAAGUGUGUUUGAUAAAUGGGUGUAGUAUUUGAUGAUGAUAGUAAUCCUAUAAUAAUGGAGCCUGUUUAAAAUAUGAAGCCACAUUUGGUUUUAUAGCUUUGGGGGAGGAGGGUUAUGGUUUGCAGGUUUUUUGGUGUAAAGAGUAUAAGUACAUAUGCAUUCAUAAGUUAAGAACCCUUCCUUUUCAGUGUAAUGAUAGCCAAUGGAGAUUACCUAUUUUUGUAUUUAAAAAUUUUAUAAAUUCAAAAACUAUUGUUUAGUAGUUUUAUUGAAAGCAUAAGAACUAAGUACAAUAAUUUAGUUAAUAGGUUUAUUUCUUUGGUUACUCAUUUUGUGUUGAUACACUUUUUAUUUUUAUUUUAUAUAUAAAUAUAAUUGUAUCAACACAUAUGUGGCACUCAGAAUAGUUCAUAGCAAGUAAUUUCAUCUAGAUUAUAUGGUAUCUAUAAAGUUUUCUUAUAAACCAUGGUCUCAGUAUAAGAGUUUUAUUGUAAAUGACACACAGAGAGCUUUUACGUUUUUAUGUUACUCCCUGAACAAAUUCAUUCUCUUUAUUUCUUGUGGGCUUCAUUAUGCUGUCAACAGGUGCAUUAACAUUUGACUGAAAGAACCAAAAAUAAUUUAGGUUAGUUUGCUCAGGUAGAGUGACUGGCAUUUCUCCCUUCACUAUCUAGCUCAAAGUAAAAUAAUAAACUCUAUAACAAUGAAAAUUAGAUAUCAUAAUUAAAUCCUAAUAAUCAAUGAAUAUUGCCUAGGACUUUGUGUUGGGAGCUCCCAAGCCUAACAUUCUAAGGAGGUGCUGCAGCAGAUUAUUUGCUGCCUAUCACAGAUGCUGUAGAAUUUGUCUGAACAUACAUAAAACUUGCAUGCAGGUCUGACAGCAGGAAUGGUAUGCUGCUUAUGCAAAACUUAAAGUAUUGCUUGAACUCAUAAAGAUCCCUAUAAAGAAAAUGAACAUUGACUGAUAUACUUCAAGAGACAGCAUCACAAUCGCUCUGCCUUUUAACUAAAUCAGGUCUAUACAGAAAAAUAUUUUCUACUUCUAUCAGUCUAAACUAGAUUAAACUGCUGGAAAAAAAUCCUCUUUGGUUACAAACCAAAAAUGGAAUACGGGACACUUUAUAUUCAGGAAUACAGGAAAAACAGCAAAGUGGAGUCGAGUACAUGCAGCAGCUUCAUGGGCUUGAAGGAUCAUCUGGGGCAUGACCUAGGCCAUCUUUAUGUGGAGCGAACUGACACACAAAUAAAUGCAGUUGGAUCUUGGUCAAUGGUGGAGAAACCAACAAUGGAUAAAGUUAACUCUAGGAAGGAAGAUGCAGAUAAGGAGGCAUCUGAGGAGACGGGAAGCUCCAGUUGUGAUUCAGAAGAAAGCACAAAUUCUGAUAAUGAGUCAGAGAGACUGAAUAACAUUACAGCAGAAUCACAUCUACUACCUAAGACUCACCGACAACUGUGCAGGUCUCCCUGCUUACAGCCCCACGUACAAAAACGUUAUGAAAUCUUACAAGAUCUUAAAAUAGAGGAGGCCCAGAUAGUAUCUAAGGAAAUAAAGAAGCCCCCUGAUGUGGUAAAGGAAUAUCAAACCAAACUGGAGUUUGCACUUAAGUUAGGUUACUCUGAAGAACAGGUUCAGCUUGUGCUAAAUAAGCUUGGCACUGAUGCUUUAAUCAACGAUAUUUUGGGAGAACUUGUCAAACUUGGAAAUAAAACUGAGACUGACCAGCCUGUAAAUAAUGUUAACACAAAUGUAAUGCGUGAAGCAUCUUCUAUAGAGUCUCAGAGGUCUGAGUCUCCACUUCAGGAGGAUGUGACUGAAGAUGGAGAUAACCUGAGGCCAAUAGUUAUUGAUGGCAGCAAUGUGGCAAUGAGCCAUGGGAACAAAGAAGUAUUUUCUUGUAGAGGAAUAAAAUUGGCAGUAGACUGGUUUUUGGAAAGACGCCACAAAGAUGUUACAGUGUUUGUGCCAGCAUGGAGAAAAGAACAGUCAAGGCCUGAUGCUCUUAUCACAGAUCAAGAAAUCCUGCGCAAGUUAGAAAAAGAGAAAAUUCUGGUGUUUACGCCAUCCCGUCGUGUGCAGGGGAGAAGGGUGGUAUGCUAUGAUGACAGAUUCAUAGUGAAGCUGGCCUUUGAGUCAGAUGGUAUCAUUGUGUCUAAUGAUAACUACAGGGAUCUAGCUAAUGAAAAGCCAGAAUGGAAGAAGUUCAUAGAUGAGCGAUUGUUGAUGUAUUCAUUUGUCAAUGACAAGUUCAUGCCUCCUGAUGAUCCUCUUGGCCGUCAUGGCCCAAGCCUUGACAAUUUUCUAAGGAAGAAACCUAUUGUACCGGAACAUAAGAAGCAACCAUGUCCAUAUGGAAAGAAAUGUACCUAUGGACACAAAUGCAAAUACUACCACCCAGAAAGAGGAAAUCAACCUCAGCGGUCUGUAGCUGAUGAACUUCGAGCCAUGUCUAGAAGCACAGCUGCCAAAGCUGCAAGUGAAGGAGGAGGACUGGUAAAAAGCAACAGUGUUCCUUGUAGCACUAAGACUGAUGGCACUUCUGAUCUCAAACGUGCUGCUCCAAAGAGGCAAUCAGAUCCUAGUAUAAGGACUCAAGUCUACCAAGACUUGGAGGAAAAGCUUCCCACCAAAAAUAAAUUGGAAACCAGGUCUGUUCCUUCUUUAGUUAGUAUACCGAAUUCUUCAGUUGUAAAACCCCAAAGUACUGCACCUUUAAGCAACGGCCUUCCAUCCGGGGUUCAUUUCCCACCUCAGGAUCAAAGAUCACAGGGACAAUAUCCUCCAAUGAUGAUGGCAACCAAAAAUCAUGGGACGCCAAUGCCUUAUGACCAGUACCCAAAAUGUGAGUCUCCUGUGGACGUAGGCUACUACUCUAUGCUGAACGCUUAUUCAAAUCUAAGUAUCUCUGGUCCACGCAGUCCCGAAAGGCGUUUCUCCUUAGACACAGAUUAUAGGAUUAGCUCUGUAGCUUCUGAUUGUAGCAGUGAAGGUAGUAUGAGCUGUGGUAGUAGCGAUUCCUAUGUGGGUUACAAUGAUCGGUCUUACAUGAGUUCACCUGACCCACAAUUAGAAGAGAACUUAAAGUGCCAACACGUGCACCCACAUAGCCGCCUUAAUUCACAGCCCUUCCUGCAGAGUUACCAUGAUCCUUUAACAAGAGUGCAAAGUUACAGUCAUGAAGAACCAAAGCAUCAUCACAAACCUCCUACUCCAUACAUGUCUGUACAUCUACAGCAUCCUACAGUUGGUGCUCGUUCUAGUUGCCCUAAUGAUUACUCUGCUCUUCAAAGUUUGCAACAUUCAAAGACCAUGCAUCUGGGGAGGGCACUUGUAUCCACAAGAAUAGAUAGCGUUUCAGACUCACGUUUAUAUGAUAAUUCUCCGUUAAGACAAAGAAAGCCUUAUUCCAGCCAAGAUGGGCUUGGAAGUUGGGAUAGGCAGAGUUAUGGGAUUGAUGCAUACGGCUAUCGUCAGACUUACUCCUUGCCUACUAACCCCACUCAGCCAUGUUACGAGCAGUUUGCCUUCCAAAGUUUACCUGAGCAGCAAGACCAGACUUGGUGCAUACCUUACUGUGGAAUCCCUCAAGACCCUCCAAGGUAUCAGGACACACGGGAGAAGGUUUAUAUAAACUUAUGCAACAUCUUCCCUCCUGAUCUUGUGAGAAUUGUUAUGAAAAGGAAUCCUCACAUGACAGAUGCUCAGCAACUUGCUGCAGCCAUUUUAGUGGAAAAAUCCCAGCUAGGUUAUUGAAAGAUGAUGAUGCAUCUUUGUGGUGUCUAGUAGUUUUCAGUUCAGCUCUAAUGCUGAGGGAGGUUUGCUACAAUAGCAUAUGUGAUCUCCUUCUCAGCAAGGAGGUUAUAUAGUAAUCCAUUUAUGUGAAAAUACAGUAUCAUGGAAUCUGUAUGUUUAGCCCCAUGCAUUGGAAGUAACAGGUUUGUUUUACAUUCUAACUUGAAAUUUUUAAAUGGUUUUAAGCUAUGUUCAUGACUGAAAUCUUUCCAGUCUAAGUUUAAUAUAUGUGUGUAUAUGUUCUCUGUGGUCUCCGGUAAUAAUCUUUGGUGCAUCAGGGGUUUAUAUGCAGCACUUUCUAUCUUUUUGUUACAUGUUUUGUUAACUUACUGGAUGUAUGUCCUUCAGCUGCAAGGCAUUAAAAGAAUCUGCAGAAAGUUGAAAGAAUUUUAAUAGACCUGGCAAACCGUUUUCAAGCCAAGCUUAAUUUGAACUUUUAACAGCAACUAAUUUAUUAUUUAUUUAUUUUGUGGGCUUCUUUGUGCUAUAAUCAUUUAUUUAUAGAAAACAAAGAUUUACUAUGGCACUGACUUUAUUUUUUAAAUAAAAUAUUAAGUUACCAGUUAAAGUUGAAAUGGGUAACGAUAUAUUAGUAAUUUACAGUAUGGCACUUUUCAUUGCUCUUUUAAGAAUAGUUUUUAAUGAUUUGAUUCAGUUGGUUUAGUAAGAGCAGAUGCAAUCAAAAGUAAAGGAACUCAUUUCCAUUACUUUUCGGAUAAGGCAAAGCCUGGUGGUCUGAUUUGCAAAGAUGCUGAGCAUAUGCAACUCCCUUUGAACCCAGUAAAAGCUGCAGCUGCUCAGAACGGCCUAAAAUCAGCCCAUGAAUGUUUCAGUUCAGAUACGUUCUUAUCCAGCUCUUGUGUGCUUCUGGUCAGUAGAAAUGGAACUGAAAGUUUAGGAUUCCAUGAAAUUGUUUUAUAUGCAUCUCUCUUUUUUUAUUAUUUGUAUUUGUGCACAGAUAUACUGGAUAAAAUAUGCUUUUUCAUAAAAUAUUUACCUGUUUUUUAAAUGAAUCUAAGUAUUCUCAAUGCAAGUUUUGUAUUUAAGAUACUGUUCAAUUUUCUUGCUAUUUAUCAAGGCUGGCCUGAGAAGGUUGUGUGUGUUGAGGAUAUGCAACAUUUAUUAACUGCACUAUGGUAAUGGUAUUGUAGCUGAAAAUGAUAACUUAGACCUUUUUGUAACAUACUGUAUAUGUUCCAGAAGUUAGUUUUUUGGCCUGUUGUAUUAUGGAGGCCUAAUUCUUGCCACAAAUAGUAUAGCUGUAGAAACAGAUUAAAAUAGUCUGUUCUAGUAUUAGUAAGGGAUAUUUCUGGUUAUAAGUCAUGGGUUUUACUAUUGCUUCAAACUUUUUUUAUACAAGGUUUGCAAUCAUUGACAGAGGGCUGUAUUUACAUGAUGUAGUCAGUUGCGUAUAGUUUUAGGAUUCCAUAGAGAGUAACAUUGUUCAGUGUUAGUUCACUGGUUUACAAUAUAAUUGACGAUUAUUUUGAUACACUUGCUGCAAUUUAAAGUAAAGCCCCGAAGAACCAGAAAGUACCUAUACUGUUGAUACAAAUUGUAUCUUUUUAACUGAGAACUAUUUUGAUUUGUAGAUCUAGUUAAAACACAAAUGUGUAACUAUAAUUAGAAUUUUGGGCAACAUUUUAUCCCUUAUUUAAAACAAUAGAUUUUAAUCUAGAAUAGAGUUAGACAAAUAAAAAUACAGUAAUUUAUUUAGAGAAGUGUCUCAAUUUUAUAUUUUUAUAAUUUUGUUUUUAAAAAAGCUAUUGGCAUUUUCUUUCUUCUAAAACAUACCUAGUGUGAACUUACUGAAAUAAAGGUAAAAUGCUGCCUGAAAAUAAUGUCCAAGCACCUUUUGAAUAGGAAAACAUUUUCACUACUUGUGUGACACUGUGUGUUGCAAGAAGUAGGAUUAGGGUAUACAGUAAAUGCUUCUAAAAAGCAUUGAGCUUAUAGACGUAUUCAAUAAUCUGAACCAUGUUCAGCAAACUUAAUUCAGGAAGUGUUCUUCUCUACAGCUUUUACUGUUGAUUUUUUGAGGUGGGAUCUGCAUUCAUGUGUCCCUUGUAACUCAGUACAGGUGGUGCUGUACAUAAGCUAUCCUGAGUUGUUUAGGGGGAGAACCUGUUCACCUGUGACAGUAUUUUUCCCCUUGGUUUUGUUGGUCACUAUCUGUAGAACAUGUUUUAAUGUAGAGGCUAGUAAAGAGCUGACACUGAGGUUAUAAACAGUGAGUCUUGUCUUAGUUGUACACUAAGAUUUUUUUAAAUCAAAUUACACUUUUAAGUAGUACACCAUAGUGUAGGUGCAUCCCUUUUAAUAAUGAUUAUACUAGUGUUUUGUCUGCAAUGCAUUUCUACAUUUAUAUUUGUAUGUAUGAAUUAACUUCUACCAAAAGCUGAAUUCCUUUAAGCAUUUGAAGAGAUGUAUCUGUAAUAGAUACAUUUCAUUUUUUUUAUUUUUUCAGUCAGAAUGUCUCCUAAUAUAUGUAGCAAUUUGACAUAUAAUAUUAAAUCAUUGGUCUUGGCCACAUUAUUAAAAUGGUGAGAGGAGUAACAUGGCACUGUAUGCUGCAGUGCACAGAUAAGAGCUAUCAGCAUUGGAUGCUUCCUUGUAUAUUUAAUACAGUAUUGAAUCAUUUUAAAGCAAGUUGAUUGCUAGAAGCAUUCUUACACCAUGUCAAAUUGUGCUUUGUCCUAAAGCACUAAAAUUGCUUUACAAAAUGUAAGAACAGGAGUUAUUUGGCAGCUUUUAAUAUUGUGGAGUGAUAUGCUAGUUAAAUUCAAGCUUUGUUAUACUGUGCGAAGGAAAUUUACUGCUGACAAAAUAUUGCCCGUUGGUAUUUCUCUCCUUGUGAGUAAUAAAAGCAAAUGAGCAAUACCUUCCAUGAGCUCGUCAUCCUGGAAGAGUUCACUCUAGAUAUUUAGAGAGAUGACACACCAGUAUGUAUAGGACAGUGAUAAUACUGGUGAAACUUUACAUUUGAUUUAUGUUAAAUGCAUUGAUGCAAAUAGUAUAACUGUAAAAUAAGGUGUGAUUUAUAUAUAUUUAAGAAGUCAAACUGGGCUAUUGACUACUUGCCUUUGCUCUGUUUGAGUAAAAGGGGUUUCAUUUAUGGAUAAAGUAUUCCAAGCAAAGCCUUACACCACCAUUGAAGAGAGGGGAACGUUUUACUUUGUCUGCAGUAUUUUUAGGAGAAUUAUUUUGUUACAUUUACCAUAAAUUAUGUAUUUUAAAAAUACAACACUCUGCUUUUAUAGAUGUACCAUAUUUUAUAUGGUACACAUAAUUCCAUAAAACAUCCACUCACAACUUUUAUUUAUCUAGCUAGAUUGUCAAUAUUAGCUUUUUAAACACAUCUCAAAGAUACCUUUUUUAAUGAGUUAAAUGUGCAUGGGCAAUUCUUUUCCCCCUAGUGUUUUAACUUAAGUGAAAUAACACCAAGACUGAGUUUGGCCCAUAUUUUAUAUCAAAGCCAGUCUUAACCACUGUUCCCACUGUGUAGGAUUUUAAAAAAAUUCUUCCUUUUAUCUUUAAAUCUCAGUUACCACCAACUACUAUUCUUCUGAGGUAAGAUCUUGUCUUUGCAGGUAACUUCUUUUCCAGUAUGUCUAAAUUAAAAAACCAAACUAAACCCUAGCAAUUCUGAUGGCAGAGCUGAAAGUUUCACAUUCAGCCAAAUAAAAUAUUGUUCAGGUUUAGGGUGACUGCAGGCAGCGCUCACACUUGAAGGUCAGGAAGGUGAAUUGUUGCUGUGUUUUUGGCCCUUCUUGGAAGGUGUAAGUGGAUAUACAAAGAGAAGAGGGGAAUUUGGCCUUAGGGGUAGGAGGAGAAUAUCAUCUAAAAAUAAAGAUGUGGAUGAAAACCAGCGUAUCUUAUUUCAUCAAACCUAAAACCCUGCAGCCUUUACCUUAGGAAAGUGACAGACUUACGGAGAAGCAUUCUUGGCUGGGAUGGUGGAUGUGAAGGUUUUCAAAUCUAGUCACCACUAUCGCCACAGUAAACAAUUAGUAGAACAUUUGUCAGGUGAAGACUUGAGCAAGAUGUUUUUGGUGUAUUAGGACUGACAUACUGACCCACAGCUGCAAUAAUAUCAGAAUGUUUAAAAAAAUACCCAAUUGACUUAACUGCACAGUAUUAUACCUGUCUGAUAGCGAUGUUAAGAGACCAUUUUUAAAAAUAAAAUAUAGUUUAGAUGUUGGGUUUUUUAUUUACAAUGUAAGUACGUUAUUGUUAAUUUAUUACUUGCAUUAUUAAGAUGAGGUGGAAUACCGUAUUACUAGAAGAAAAAUAUCAAAACAAAGCAAAUUAUUGAUUAAAGCAAAGAUGUCCUUAAUGGCCAUGUUUUGUUUUAAAGAGUUAGGGUUUUUUAAAUGUUGGAUCUCACAUUUUUUGUAUUUUGUAAAUUAGAAAAAAUGGAAGCCAUAGUAUAGUUUAAGAAUUUUAUUUGAAUUAUAUAAAAUACAUGUAGACAUUGUUUAGCUUGAAUAUGUAAAUAAUUCUAUAGUAAUCCAUUUUAAAUAACUCUUCUAACUAAAACUUUUCUAGACAACUACGUUUAUAUCUAGACGUUACGUUCAUGUCUGUGGGAAAAGUUUCACUUAUGCUCAUCCUAAGACUUAAUCAGCAACUGGUGUUCUGAUGAUCUAAUCAUGUAUAUCUCUGAGCAGUCUGUGCACAUGUGAAACUUACUCCUGUAUGUACUUUUUUGCAGUGCAUUACAAACCUUUAUUUUUUGUAUAUAAAAUACACAGUAGCAGGGUAUAAAGGUUACUACCAAAUUAUAGUGAAUUCAGUUAGUAACUGUAGAAUGCUCUACAUAGUUUUGCUGUCUCUGAAUUUCAAUUCUUAGUGUUCACAGAUUUUUUUAAUUGUAUUCUACUGUAUCUAUGUGUUAAUGAUCUAAGUUAAAAUUGUUAUGCCCUCUUUAAAGUGUGAAAAGCUUGGCCUUUGUUCCCAAGAGAUAUUUUUUCAUUCCUCAUUUAGUCUUUGUAAUAAUUUGAGACCCCAAUCCUGCAAAAAUGUAUGCAUAUGUCUAACCUUAAGCACAUGGGUAAUCUCAUUCACUUCAAUGGGACUACUCCCAGGUUUACAGCUAGGCAUGGGCAUAAGUGUUUGUAAGAUUGGGGCCUGAGUAUAUUUUAGACUGGAACCUGGUGAACAUUUUAACGUGUAGGAUCAAAUUCUCUGCUUUUAUAAAUGGGUGAAAUGGUACUAACACCAGCAGAGAAUUUGUCCAGCACUGCGCUUGUUCUAAUGAUUUAAAUGCAGACAGAUAUUUCCAGCUAACAAUUUGUCCAGAUUCUUCUUCACACCACAUCUAUUUUCAACCACAUAAUCUAUUUUUCAUUUUGUAAGGCAACUUUUUACUCAGACGAAGUAUAAUUUCACAUUUUUUAAAAAAUUGAGUGGGAUUCUUAAUGAGACUGAUAUUUAAAAAAAAAAAAUUCACCAACAAAAUACAAAAAUGCAGACCUAGCGGCAUGAGUCAUGGUCUGUUUUGUGUACACAUACACACACACACACGCACACACACACCUUGUAUUGAUGUCCCCUCUGGCAGAAAAAGAGUGCCAGAGAACAGUUUGGACCACCUGAUACACUUUACUCUCUCCCUUCACUGGCUGUUGUGUACUACUUCUGUGAUGUGACUGUUCACAUCUUGUUAGCAGUAUUUUAGACCUUAAGAAAAACCAUUGCAAAGCAUGUACAUGAAUUCUUAUAUUAGAGAAAAAAUAAAGAUACCUUUUUUCUCACGA